AUGACCCAAGAGCCUCGACAGCGCUCCGCGUCAAAUAUCUCCAAUCCCUCGGACCCUGCUGCCCGUCGCGGGCCUCGCCAGAACCGCAUCCCGCCCACCAAUCUUCCGCUGCCCGAGAUCCCCAGCGUCACCUCGUCGCCCUCGUCGUCGCUCCAGCCUCUGGGCCUGAGCAAUCUCGGCUCGCCAUAUCCCUCCUUCUCCCCCGGCGGCGCCAGCGCGCCUUCUACGAGUCCGCGUGCGAGGGCGCAUACUGUUGCCGACCCACUCACCACGCACCGCCAGCAGCAGCCGUACCUCGACGGCCCAGCUAUGCAUCAAUACAUCCCCCCUCCGCCGCCUCAGCCCUCGAGCACGCCCGCCGGCCACAUUGCCCUUCCCCCGCCGCCGCCACGGCCCACCAACUACGGCAGCCUGGGGGGCAUACCCAUCCCGCCGCCCCCGCAUGCUUCCAACAACUGGGGUCCCCCAAGACCCCAGUACCAGCAGCAAGGCUAUGACCCGGGCCAGUAUCGCAAUUACCCUCACAACAUCCCCCCUCCCCCAGGGCCUCCGCCUCAACAAAUCCAGCACGAGCGCGAACCCCCUCUAACGUCAGCCACAUACAUCCCCGGCGGCGAGUCGUUUGGUCCCGGCGUAGGCAUACCUCCACUGCACACUUCGCGAGGAGGUUAUCCCGAGCCCUACUACAGGGACGACAACUACUCCGCCAAUACCGACACGUCGGCCCAGGCCUUCUCUAGCAGCCUCCUCGAGAGCGUGCAAAGCGUGCAAUAUGGCUCCAACAACGGCUUCAACAUUCCCCAGACGCCCAGCAGUCGCAAUCACCUCAAUAUACCCACCGAACGAGCUCAGGUUUACGACUCCUCUGGGCCGCCAACCGCAACCCUACAAAACCCAAUGGUCCAGAACCAUGGCAGCGUCUACCACCGCUCUGAAAGCAACGGCACCACGCCCAUAUCUCCCCACGACCACUCGAUGCAUUGGCCCGCUGAACGUGUACAGCAUUGGCUAGCGAGCAACAAUUUCUCACGAGACUGGCAAGAAACAUUCAGAACAUUGGGUCUUGAAGGCUCAAAGUUCUUGGAUAUUGGCCGCGGCCAUGGUAGCAAAGGCAAUGUAGCCAUGAUGCAUCAGGUCAUCUUUCCGCAGCUGGCCAAGCAAUGCACCGCAAGUGGGACUGGAUGGGACCAGAAUAGAGAGCGAGACGAGGGCCGCAAGCUGCGUAGACUUGUACGCUCCAUUGUUGAGACUGGCACCACCGCCAAUCCUCGGGCAGCACCGCAACGAUCUGAUACUGGCAUGACGAGCGCUGGAACAGAGGGCACUGUCGAGAAUUCACCCUACAUUGGCACCCGGGGCAUGGAUUUUGGAUCGACACCAACCACAGCCGGCAACGGCGAAGAGAGCCCUGGGCGCCAAUUGCUGUUACAUUCGCCUGGUGGCAGCACAAAUCCACCCAGACGCAUCUCUACACAGCAGCGCAAUUUCACAGUUCCAGGCCUUGGUCCGACUCCAGACUUUUCAGAGGGACCGGCACGCAGUCCCUACUCAAGAGAAGUUCUCCAGGGCCUCGAUCCAAAGUCUGUCCGGCACAGCCCAAACGCAUCCUCGGAAUUUGGGCCAUCCUCUCUGGGUGCGACAAACUAUCGCCAAGCAAGUCCACAGCAAAGCCCAGCCUUAUCAUCAGCCCGCCUUGCUACUAAUGGGGGGCAGCUCAGCGCGGGUUUGAAUAACAACGGAUCCCGCUACUACUCUCCUCACAACCGCGUCAACAGCACCGAAUCAAUAAACUCCACGUUCGCUAAUACUGGUUCCGGUCCACCCUCGGGCAGGUCAUUCGAGAACCGGUCUGAGAGCCGGAACGAGAACCGGAAGAACGGCUACGAAGGCUCACGGCCAGGCACCGGAUUAGCAAGAUACGAUAUGGAGGUGCCGACUAGUGCUAAGGACCAUGAGAAAGGUUUCUUCAAAAAGAUCAUGGGUGGGCGAAAGAAGGAGAAUCACCCAUCUCCUGAUGACACCAGUCUUGAUUCGCCCACCAGUCCGGCAAGCCAUCGUACUCAUCCAAGCAGCUCCCUUUUUGGAAAGUCUGGCAUGAACUCAAGCGAAACAUCUUUGAACGAGCGGCCCCCUUCGAGACGAUCAGCUCAGACAGACUCCGACAACCGAGCAGCGGGUCGCACCCGUGCAUCUGGGAGAGAGGACCGUAAAUACGCUUUCGUAACACCGGAUGGCUGGAACUACCGCCUUAUUGACAUCACCAAUGUAGACUCAGCAGCAUCUCUACGGACUGUGUGUUGUGAAGAGCUGAGUCAGGGAUUGAGCCAUAUACCUGGCGUAGAGUUGCAUCUUACACUACCCGGACAGCAAGAGCACGAUCAUCCUCUGUCAGACUCCAAGUUGCUGAAGGCUCGGUCGCAAUACGGAAACCGAGUUGGCGAGCUCAAGAUCUUUGUCAAGAUACCCCAAGAGGGUGCCGUACCUCCCUCUGCCGGACUAGGAGUUUCGCUUCCUCAUGCAGCUGCCAGGUCUAUCGAUGAAGAUGCAUACUCUCGACUCAACGCCGACUCUCAGCUAGACUCGCCAGGUGGAAAGUCUGGAGAGUCUACGCUAGUCGCCGACAGAAGUGCAGCUCUCCGUAAGAUGGCAGAGAAGACUGAGCCUGUGCCAAACAACCCGGUCGACAGGCCUGCAGAGUCUGCGUGGGAGCCGCGUGAUGACUUGGCUGAAGAGGAACGGCGGAAGCUGCUAGAAGCCGCUGCUGAAGAGCAUCGGAAGGAAACCAAGCGGAAACAGGACGAAUACUUGAGGAGUCGUUUCCAAAAGAUCAAUGGACACAGUCCUGAUCUGAACCCUACUUCGAGUGAUAACCUCAGCUAUCGAAGCCAACGCAUUGUUGACUUUGAUGAGCCCCGCGCCUCUCCUUACGAGGACGUGAAGAAACAAUUCGACGGAAAGCCAAAGCAACUCGUUCCCCUAAGAGAACCACCACCGGUACCUGCCGAUACCAGCACGCUAUUGAAGGCUAAUUCGUUGUCAAGGGCUAAGAACCGUGGCUCAUGGCCUGAGAGUGACGAUGGUCAAGACAAGCGAAGAUCAACCGAGUCACAGUCAGAAAAGCGCAAAGCCAUUCCACAAGGUGCAAGUGGGUUGGGAGGCAUUGCUGCCGCCAUCAUCGGUGCUGGUAAUCUUGGUGCAGGAAUCGGAGCAGCGAACCGCGCACCGCAACCAAAGGGUCAGCAACCGCCUUCAAAGGAGGAAGGCUCACCCGAGAGUAUUCGACCAUCGCAACAGAUACUGCAGGACAAUGGAUUCGGAGCUAGAUCAGGCUCUGGCAGGAAUAGUCCAGGUGGGUCACCUCGCAGUCCCGGCGAUUUCACAAUGAGCAAGGGGAAUAUACCUUUCAGAAUACCUGACUAUGAGGAAGCUUUCGGAGACGAUACGUCAAAUGAGAGGCCAGGCCUUACCCUCGCAAUGCCCGACCCAGCAGUGACACGACCAAGAGACGAACGAUCUCGCUCACCGAAUCGAAGCCCUCACACAGCGCAAGCCCCAGAGUCCACACUGAGUAGAGAGCCAUCAAGGGUAUCUAUAUAUGGCCCUACUCACGAUUUUGAGGAAGCACGAGUGUCGUUUAUUACAAAGUCACCAAACCUUGAACCUUUGGAUUCCGACGAUGACGAUUCCGAUGAUGGUCUAUUCGCUGCGCCGCUCGCAGGACGAGCUGGUCCGCCCACACCUGCGAAGAACACACCCAUCACUAGAACCAACUCCCGUAGCCAACGGCCAAACCUUACACUCAAGACACAACGGUCAAAGAACUCAUUAGCACAAGUUACGGAGAAGUCCGCUGAGCAAAGCGCAACUGGGGAUCGUGACUCGCAGCCAAGCGACUUCCAUCCUGAGUCGGCUGCAUCUGCAACCUGGACCGACUCCCCGAAUGAUACAAACAAGUUCUCGCGUCGCGAAUCCUUCGCUAGCGAUGUUUGGGCAAACCGUCCGCCAGCUGAAGCCCUCGUGGAACACCUUGACGAGCUCUUCCCGAAUGUCAACCUCGACCAACCUAUGCUUGAGGAAGAGGAUGCGGAUGGCGCCGCUGAGCCAGUCAACGACUCCCAGCCUGCGCCGGUCGAGCCCACUCCUGUCAAUCAGCCCCUCACUCGUGGUGGUGCCGGACUGCAGAGUAUCGCGCAGCGAAACAUGAGAAAGUCGGGUGCUGGCCUGGGCCGUACCAAAUCCAUUCGUGAAGUGGUGAAAUCACAAUACCAGCCACUCGACAAGAGGCCACUCCCAGGCCAGGCACAUGCUGGUGCUGGUCCAUCGCGAGUUGCUACGCUACGCAAUGGUGGCGAUAUUGUCAGGCGAAAGUCGACGAAGAUGUUCAAUGCCAGAACUGAGCAAGUACGACCUCAACGCGGCUCGCGCCUCGUCAUGGAAACGAUACCUCAAGAUCAUCUACCAAGUGUCCCGUCGCGGCAGCCAACAUUCAAAUGGAUGAAGGGUCAACUUAUCGGCAAAGGCACAUUUGGUCGCGUCUACCUUGGUAUGAACAUCACCACAGGAGAGCUUAUCGCUGUCAAACAAGUCGAGGUCAACGCCAAGGCCGCUGGGUCCGAUAAAGACAAGAUCAAAGAACUUGUGAAGAGUUUGGAUCAAGAGAUCGAUACCAUGCAGCAUCUUGACCACCCCAACAUUGUGCAGUACCUCGGAUGCGAACGCAAAGAGUACAGCAUUUCUAUCUUUCUCGAAUACAUUUCUGGUGGCAGUGUAGGGUCUUGCAUCCGCAAGCACGGAAAAUUUGAAGAGUCUGUUGUCUCUUCACUCACACGGCAGACUCUGCUCGGCCUUUCAUACCUCCAUCGUGAAGGCAUUCUUCAUCGUGAUCUCAAAGCCGACAACAUCCUGCUGGACCUGGACGGUACAUGCAAAAUCUCUGAUUUUGGCAUAUCCAAGAAGAGCGACAAUAUCUACGGCAAUGACGUGACAAACAGCAUGCAAGGCUCCGUCUUCUGGAUGGCUCCCGAAGUGAUUCGCUCCCAGGGUCAAGGGUAUUCUGCCAAGGUCGACAUCUGGUCUUUGGGUUGCGUUGUCCUGGAGAUGUUUGCUGGUAAACGUCCGUGGUCCAAGGAAGAAGCCAUUGGUGCCAUUUAUAAGCUCGGUAGCUUGAACCAGGCUCCUCCCAUCCCCGAAGAUGUGUCCAGGGUGAUUGGAGUAGAGGGAUUGAGUUUCAUGUACGACUGCUUCACUAUUGAUCCCAUGGAGCGUCCUACGGCUGAAACGCUCCUACGAGCGCCUUUCUGUUUCAGCGAUCCGAAUUACAACUUCCUGGAUACAGAGCUUUAUGCUAAGAUUAGGGGAGCCUUCCAGUAG